AUGGAUUUCGGCGGUAAACUGAUGAAAACAUGCGAUCCAUGCAAAACUCGCAAAGUUCGUUGUGGUGGUAUCGGACAUCCAGGUGCUACGAAGUGUCUCAACUGCGCUCGAAGAAACGAGGUCUGUAACUUCAGUCCUGUCCGCAUACGGAAGAGACGAUAUGCAUCAAGCUCGCAGCAAGAAUCCGUCAUAGGCUCCGCAAAGAAUGUGGACUCCGAACUUAGGGACGAGUCGGAGAUUCACCACGAUGAUCAUAGCUCGUUCGGAAGCAUGUCAAAGUAUGACGGACUCCAAGAGUUGUACGUAGACAGGCUUCUAUCUACUCCCGAUCAAGACAAUGCGCUCAGUGCGCAGAGUCCGAGCCUGCAAGAUCUCGGUGUUUUCGGAAGCGAGUACAGUCUGACGUUCUUCCCCGAGGCUCGACUGAAGGAGCUGGCCAUCCGUCUUGGUCAUGACCGCGUAUCACAUGCUGGGGCAAAGGUGACCAAUAUCAUUGGAGAGCGAAUGAAAACUAUCGAGCGAGUACCUGCUCCUGCGCCAGACUCCGAUCGUAUCCGUGUAUUUGAUAUCGAAGAAGAAUACAUCGCGAAUUGCAUUCAAGCCUAUUUUGAGCAUGUUGACCCAAUUCAUCCAUUUCUCGACAGGCGGCGAUUCGAAAGCAUCGCUCUCAGUCCGAAUCUGAGCGACAAACUCGCCAGCGAAAAGUCGUGGUCCGCACUGUUUUACGCUAUUCUCGCCCUGGGCUCGCAGUACCUCGAUGGAGGUAGCUAUGAGCCUACAAAGAGUGGAAGCUGGCGAUUCUUCGGCACGGCUCUAGCCAUCUUCCCAGAUCUAUUGAUUAGCAGGACCACAUUGAACACGGUUCAAGCACUGACAGCCAUGGCAAUUUUUGCCUCGAAUCUUUCCUGUCUGCAAAUUGAAUACGCCAUGGUAUCAGAAGGGGCCAAGAAGGCACAAACACUGGGGUACAAUAGAUCGACGGCUCCGGGUAACGAUGAACGGAACCGCACAUUCUAUGUUCUCUAUUUUCUUGAAAAAAACAUGUCGUUCAAUAUCGGCAGAUGCUCUGCCAUCAUGGAUUCGGAUAUCAGCAGUGCUAUCCCGACUCAGCCGCUAUCGUGCAGCGGCACGUCGUUUGAUUGGACCCGUGCGUCAAUUCGGAUAUCACGACUCCUUAGUCGCAUAUACGCAUCUCUGUUCUCUGUCAGUGUACGAGGUAGACCGAAAGCCUACUACAAUACGACCAUCCACAACCUCAAGUCCGAACUGGGAGCAUGGGCAAAGACGAUCCCCGUGGAGCUUCGGCCGGGGCAACCCAUACGGCCGUAUACCCAAACCACGCAAAUGAUUGAUAUUAGUAUACGGCUCCACUAUCUGUAUCAUGGCACGAUGUUGCAUCUUGAUCGUACUGCUCUCCAAAUGGAGGAUGAGUCUGACGCUCGGUGUGAUUUAGUGCACGGCAUUAUGCGUACAGCACGGACAGUACUCGAGCUCACAAAGUUUAUCGACGUGCAGCCUUACACACCCAUUUGGGUCCUUGCCAGCGUUCCGUUGGCCGCUUAUCUUGUUCUUUUCGACAUGGUCAUAGACAAUCCGACUCAUUCAAAAACCACAGCCAAUUUGGCAUUGCUUGAUGUUGGCUGUGGUCAUUUCAGUGGCUUGGAGUACGCUUCGCAGGGAACACUCCCAGGAUCCAUCGCAUCAGAGUUCACACAGAUAGCGCGAUCUUAUGUGCGGGCGCAGAACGACUCUGAGAAGAACAGCCGCCCGAAAUCGUCUCCCAUGUAUGCCGGAGGUGUGGCCCCGAUUGAGGGGCUGCAGGAAACAACAGUCGCUGAGGUGUCAUCAGCUUUUCCUUCAUACGCGGAUUUGCAGCCGUUCCCUCUAGGAUGGAAUCUCCGGAAUGACGGGGGGACAAUGCUCGACGGCGAGUCGCUGGACUUGUUCGGCUCGUACUAUUCGCUCUGGGAUGAGGGUGCGGCGUACAACACGAUGAACCUACCAAUUGCCCGCCUUUAUCACACAGCCGCCACGAUGGAGAAGCGCGACUAUGCGGCUGCGGUUGCGGCGCUGAACACGCUUCAGUCCAACUUCUCCAUAGUCGAUGCGAUCCGCAAAUCCGGUCGCGGUAUGAACAAGCAGGCGAUACCGGAGAUGAUUGAAUGGUGUCGCAAAGCUGGAUAUGAGCCCUUAGAAUUUGACAGGCUGAGGCCUAUACACAUCGCCGGAACAAAGGGAAAGGGCUCGACUAGUGCCUUCAUCUCAUCUAUCUUGUCGCAAUACGCAACCUCCCGCGAUGCGCAGACUCCACCCUCGAAGAUCGGCCUCUACACUUCCCCACAUCUGCGAUUCGUACGUGAACGCAUACAAAUCGACAAUGAGCCAAUAUCAGAGGAGAAGUUCGCUAAAUACUUCUUCGAGGUAUGGGACAAGCUGGAGGCAGCAGCGAAGACCGAAAAUGCGCCCGCAGACGUGCCCACAAAGCCAGUAUACUUCCGCUAUCUGACCCUUAUGGCGCUACAUGCGUAUCUGAAGGAGGGUGUGGACUCGGCUGUUAUUGAGUGUGGCAUUGGCGGCGAAUUUGACAGCACCAACAUCUUGACAAAACCCACUGUCACAGCCGUCACGAGUCUAGGGAUAGAUCAUACCGCGAUGCUCGGUUCUACACUACCAGAGAUAGCCUGGCAUAAGGCAGGAAUUUUCAAGGAAGGCAGUGUCGCAUUUACGGCGCGUCAAAAGGACGAAGCCAUGACCGUUCUGGAAGAACGGGCGGCAGAGAAGGGCACGAAGCUACACACCAUCGAUAUACAUCCGGCUCUAGCCAACAACGAGAUCAAGCUUGGGCUAGGUGCAGCGUUCCAGAAAAUAAAUGCGUCCGUGGCAAUAGCUGCUGCUGCUGCACACCUGCGAGCACUGGGCCACACUUCGGUGCCUGACCCCACCGUCGUUCCCCAUAUCGAACUCCCUUCCGAAUUCAUUCGUGGCCUAGAGCAAGUGCGAUGGGCUGGCAGAUGCGAGAUAAGACGCGAGACCAACGUUGCAUGGCACAUCGACGGAGGGCACACAAUGGAAAGCAUCGAGGUUACUGGAAAGUGGUUCGCGGAGCAGAUCAAAAUGGCUACAUCCACCGCUACCUCGCAAUCCAAGGUUCCUCGAAUCUUGAUCUUCAACCAACAAACCCGAGACGCAAAUGCACUUGCCAAAGCUCUAUACACAGCUCUGCAGAGCGGUAUCACGUCUGGAUCGCAGUCUCCUUUCACACACGUCAUCUUUACGACCAAUCAAACCUUCAGCGAAGGGUACAAGCCUGAUCUCGUGUCGAUGAACACCAACCAGCAGGAUGUAGAUACAUUGGCAGUGCAGAAGGCGCUCGCGAAUACGUGGUCUGAUAUUGACAGCACUGCAGAAGUGCAUGUGCUACGCACAAUCGAAGAGGCAGUCGGAACCGCACGAAAGGUGGCGCAAGACUAUGCCAAGCAGGCGGGGGCCGAUGCUGAAGUUAUGGUGUUGGUAACUGGAAGCUUGCACCUGGUUGGCGGUGCGCUUGAAGUAUUGGAAACGGCCAAGGCGCAGUGA